AUGAUACCGGAUAACGAAGAGGUAGGAAGGUGUGAAGAGGAAGGCACACCACGCGAGGACGUAGUCACGAAAGAGAAUAGCAUGAUGAAACAACACUUUGACGAGAGGAAAGCAACGAAACGAUUAGAAGCAGUCGUACCCCCAGCCGCCCUCCAGUCCUAUCCAGUAACGCCUGCCGUGCCAGAGAAAUGCUAA